UCCGGUUCUUCAGGGAGAGACAUCUGACGUGGCACCGGGGCGCGCAUCACUGCUCCGCGGCCGCUCCUGAGUGCUCCUCCGCCGGCUCUCCUCUCACACUUUCAGCGGGGACACACGCGGGAGAAGCCGAGACAUGUGGCUGGUGGUCCUGCUCAGCCUCCUCCAGAGCGCCGCGGCCUACGACGUGGACCCGGAGAAGCUGCAGGGACUGGCCAAAGCCCGAGUGGAGACGUGUGGAGGAUGACAGCUGAACCGCCUCAGAGAGGUCAAGGCCUUCGUGGUCCAGGACAUUCCUCUGUAUCAUAACCUGGUGAUGAAGCACAUUCCUGGAGCCGACCCGGAGCUCGUCCUGUUGAACCACUACUUCGAGGAGCUGGACCGCAUCCCUCUGACCGACAUGACUCGCUCGGAGAUCAACGAUCUGCUCGACAAACUGGGCUUCUAUAAGAAAGAGCAGCCGGAGGACGAGGUGCCAGCGGAGUUCAGGUUCUCCCCCGCCAAAGACAGUCCCUUCCCCGAUGAGCCUCCGUUCAAGACGGCCGUGGCCUCGGAGCCCAAGGAGCCCGAGCACACCGACCUGUAGGGGGAGCCACUGCUGGCGCUGGGCGGGGAGUGCCGUCCUCCGUGAGCACCCAUGGGUCCCUGCGUUGUGAGGAGCACCCUGAGUGAGCCUGCCGUGUCCCGCUGGCCCACACCCACGCCCAAUGACGCCCCAGGCACAAAGCUCUGCAUGUCUGAGGCCGACGCUCUGCUGGGGUGGGGCCGGCCAGGCACGCGGGACCUCAGGGGCCUGCAGGAAAACGGGUUCACUACAAACAAACGGCUUGUGAUUUAUUUGACUCUAUUAAAGGGGACAUGUGAUGCACAUUCUUGAGCUUUAAACAUAGUUGUUGAAUUGAGUAGUUUUUCAGGGACUCGUGUUCAGUUGACUCGAGUCCACAUUUGUGCAUCUGCCUUCAUGACAUGUUAACAUCAGACUGACAGCACCAUGCUGUGAAUUCUUUUUACAGUGUUUUAGUGGAGCUGUUGCCAGCAAAGGGCAUGUACAUAUUAAAGCCACAGUCUGUACCUUUUCAGCCCAAAUUAGGCAUGUUUUGGAUUUUUCGUUUUGGAUUUUUCAUGUUGGUUGUAUUAUUGCACAGAUCUAUGGGCUUGCAUCUCCAUGUACCCGACUCUUAUGUGGCUUAGCCUGCUUGUUUCCAUGGAAAUCUUCCACAGGAUGAUAUAAAACUAGUCUGUCAUUGUGUGUGGUUUUAACUUUCUAUUUCCAUGGAAUCACACAGGUGACGUACUGUAUCUUUAAGUUCUAAAACACAAAUGAUGCAAAGUGCAGGUUUCAAAGCUCAAAGUGCACAAUGUGUCUCCUUUAACCUGGGAACACCACCUGACAUUACACUGUUUAUCUGAUUCAAGUGAAUAAAGUUGUGUGUGUCA